AUGAAAGAUGGUGUGACGGUCAAGCGAGAUGUCUACGGUAGCCAAGAAAGAAAAAGAAUGCCUGUGAUGAGGCGUCCAAAGCCAGACACACUACAAAUUGCUGGGUCAAGUUUACCGGAUUGUUCACACGUGUGUGGAUCAUGUUCUCCAUGUAGAUUAGUGAUGGUGAGCUUUGUUUGUGAAUCACUCGACGAAGCAGAAACAUGUCCAAUGGCAUAUAAAUGCAUGUGUCACAGCAGAUCUUAUCCCGUUUCAUAA